UAUGUCUUAAUGACUGGUGUGAAGUGAGAUCAUGUGCGUUCCUCGCCAUCAUGACAAGUCUAGGUGGUGUACGACAUCCCAGGCCUAGUUUGCAAGAAAGUGCAGGCAAACCCACAUUGGGGUGUGCAUUGCUCUACAACUUUCCAAACAGCACGUUUCAGAUCUCUUCUUCCCUUGACAGCCUUUGCAUCCUUAACAGUUUUCUUCGACGAAGUGAAGCACAAAAAGCAUAAGAGUUUUUUUUUUUUUUUUGCCUCUUUUAAUUGCAUGGACCACAGUGCUUAGCCGACAAUUCAAGAUCCAAUAUCAAAUAUGAAGACAAUCAUGUGGCUUGGUUUUGUGCUGGCUGCACUGUCUGCUGGGGGGGAGGAGUUCAUUGUGAAACGUGGUCAGACCAUCACCAUCAAAUGUGGCGGCUCCUCCAAAGACUCACCGAAGACGCUGGAGUGGAAAAGGGGGGAUGAUUUAAUCCAUGGUCUCUUUUCUUAUGGCCUCCCACGCAAAGGCGGAGGUGACACAGCGAAAAGGUCAAGGUUGACACAGAAUAAUCUGCUGAUUCAAAACGUGCAGGACACAGAUGCUGGAGCGUACACCUGUUAUCUGGACCACAAGCCUCACAAACACAAACUUUAUGUGCUCUCAGUUUCAGUCUCACUGAGCCCCAACAACGAGCUCCAGCAGGGCAGCGAGGCCACGCUGCAGUGUGACGUAAGCGGUCUGGACGUCCCACCAACAGUGGAGUGGGAAAGUCCACAAAAGACAUUAGAAGGGUCAGAGACAGUCCAACUCAAACCUGUAGAAACGUCACAUGCAGGGCUCUGGACCUGUAAGAUCUCUCACGGGGGCACAACAUACACAGAGACCCUAAAUGUCAAAGUUAAAGAGUCUGCGCCACCAACACGACCCCCUUCCUCAAGUCCACCAGACACUAAAUCAGCCUGCAAAAACUGUCAUCCAAAUGCCACUGAGAAGUUCAAUGAGAAGCCCCAGCUGCUGCUGGGGCUCAGCAUGUGGAUGUGGAUCGCAAUCGGCCUGGGCUCCCUGGCCCUGGUUGUGCUGGUGGUCUUUGUUAUUGUCUUGGACCGGAAGAUCAAAAAGAGGAGGCGGAGGGCACGAAAGCUGAAGAACAUGAGACAGCCACUGAACCCCAAGCUGUACUGCCAGUGUAGCCGCCCAACAGCUGCAGCACCGCCGCCGCAAGGACAGCGGAGAGUGAAGCCAUCAGCCCCCCCUCUGCAGCAGCGCUAAUGGAGUGACAUGAAAGACAGAUUGAAGAAGGAGAGAUAGAGAAAGAAAGGGACAGAGAGAGUGACAAAAGGAAAAAGGGAGGGAGGGUAAGAUAGAGAUAGAGGGAGGGAGGGAGAGAGAGAGAGAGAGAGAGAGAGAGAGGAGCCCAGAGUGAAUAUGGCAUGAAUGUAAAUGGGCUUUCAAAUGCUCCUGAUGAAAAUAAAAAUGAAAUGUAAUGAUGUGGGCACUUUUAGCUUUUGCACUGAAUGCAGCCAGAGGAGUGAAUGCAAAUGGCCCGAAAGCCAAAAGGCGACCGCUGCAGAUGAAAACGACAACAUACCUAGGCUUAGGUUAUGGAGCCCAUUAACAUUUUAAGCUUAUUAUAUCAUUAUGUGCAAUGCUGUAAAAUGAACAUGUACUGCUUUGCUUUUACAAUUACAAUCAGAUGGUUUCUAUGUAUUCCCCCCAAAUUUACUGUAUUUCUGAAAUUUUCAAC